AAGUGAACAGAGGAAAAAGACCAGAUGGUGCCAGAUAGCCUGACAGACUUUAUCCACGUCAUUUCAUGGGUGGCUUUCUUCAAGGACAUGGCCAACAGAGGUGCGGUCUGCAGAGAACAAGACUAGUAAGGAGCCUGUCCCAGCUGAUGUCAGGCGAGUGGUACACCCUGGACAGGUCGCCAGUUCAGUUACAACGUAUUUGUAUAAUAAUAAAAGCAUGACUGUGCCCCGCUGCACAAAGCAAAGCUCCAUAAAGACGUGGUUGGAUGAGUUUGGUGUGGAAGAACUUGACUGGCCUGCACAGAGCCCUGACCUCAACCCCAUCAACCCCUUUGGGAUGAACCGCAAUGGAGAUUGCAAACCAGGCCUUUUUGUCCAACAUCAGUGCUUGACCCCACAAAGGCUCUACUGCAUGAAUGGUGGAACUAGAGGCAGAGCAUGCACAGAGAGUGCCUGGGGCCGAACAGGGAGGAGUCCCGCCCCCCCAGGUUAAACUGAAAGAGAGGCAGAAGUUCUUUGAGGAGGCCUUCCAGCAGGACAUGGAGCAGUACCUCUCUACUGGCUACCUGCAGAUCGCUGAGAGAAGAGAGCCAAUAGGAAGCAUGUCGUCCAUGGAGGUGAAUGUGGACAUGCUGGAGCAGAUGGAUCUGAUGGACAUGUCUGACCACGAAGCCCUGGAUGUGUUUCUGCACUCUGGGGGGGAAGACAACAGCGCUGCCUCACCUGUCACAGGUCCAGACGUGGAGUCCUUCACCACGGAGAUCAGUCUCCAGGUUCCCACUCAGGCUGAGCUACGCCACAAACUCUCUUCCCUGUCGUCCACCUGCACCGACUCAGCCAGCCAGGACACAGAGGCCGGGGAGGAGGAGGAUGACGAGGAGGAGGAAGAGGCAGAGCAAGGAGGUGGCGUCGGAGGAUCAGGGGGAGGCGGAGUCAGGAGAAGGCCCCCCGUGGUGGUGACCCUGGAUGAAGAGGAGGUGCACCCCGACACGGCACUGGUGGACACGGUGGACCGAGAGGAUCAGGGCAGUAAAGAGGAGAGCAGGCCGAAGGUUUGAGAAGAGAUGAACUGGAUUUUAACACAAACACAGAGCUGUGAAAUCAAACUCAGAUAUACAACAACAUUGGCUUCCUUCUCCAAAUUCCUUUCAUACGGAAGAGAAUCAUAUGAAAGAAAAUCCACUGAGAUUGCACUAACUGCCACAUGACCUUGCCUUAAAAGACCACUGAUAUGAGCUUUCAAUUCUAAUUGGGUCCUGUAAAAUAGGUUUGAGGUUCGCGUUAGCAUUAAAGCGGUCGUUUGGCUUAACAUGCACAUGAAUAUUCUGUUGCUGUGCUUGUGCAUGUUGAGAACAGAAGAGGCCUGUUUCUGAUAAGUGACAGAGAAGUAUACACUAAAAUCAUCCAUGUGCCCUCUUUGCUGUUCUUUGUUUUCAUGCUCCAACACUGCGGCUGUUGUUAUUAUACUUUUGCAGAGUAUAAAUAUAUGAUGGUGCUUUGUACUGUCAUUCUUCGUAGUAAAGUAAAAGAAGAUCACCAGCUCACUGUAGGCUACAAAAACAAAAUGAGUUUGUGAUAAUCACUAAAUAACUUAUAAUAACUAAACUAACUAAACAACUAACUUAUUGGGGGAAGGGGGGAUCUUACUUACAUCUAGUGUUAUCUAGACAUGCAGAUGUUUUUGGUUUUAUUUCUCCUGGUUUUGACAUGUCCAUCAUCAUAGAUAUCUGCUGCUAAAACAAUGGAGGUGAAAGGAAAAUUGCUUAACGUCUUCAAUAAUAACAUUUAAAAACUUCAACAGCAACUUGUCUUUCCAGAAAAAAAAACCUUCCAAGAUAUGCUUAUUAACUGAUAGACGUCACUGUCAUAGGAACUGUUUCUUUGAUAAUAUAAAACCUCGACUAAUGAAGCCUAUCACGUCUAGCGUCUAAUUAGAGUGAACUGACCCUUCAGUAAAUCAAAAUAUUUAGCAACAAAGCACAUGACAAAUGACCCGCGGGGGCACAUGGAUGAAUUUUUUUUAUGACAUAGUGGAUAAGCUGGAACCCCAAAGCUUGCUGCAUUUCUUGAACUGUUUUACAAGCUAGAUUCUGUAACAUUUUAAAUGUAAACUACCAAUUAGAUAAUACUUUAGUGCCAUUGGCUUUGUAAACAUGACAUAAUAACUGGCAGGCACCUGGCAGUGGGUUAUAUACCCAGACAGUACUGUAUAGUUGACGGACUGUUGGAUCAGUGAUUCAACACAUACACAUACACACACACACACACACACACACACACGAGAGUCACCCAUUGCCAUUCCUUCGACCAAUAAUAUUUGGGUGAACAUCUCUUCUUGAACGAGGACCAAAUCCCUGUAAGGACUGUGUGCUAUGCACUGGAGAACACCCAGAAAGCUUAACUGCAUAUAUUCCGAUUUUUUUUUUUUUUUUUUGUACAGAAAUGUUGACAUUUGUGUGAUGUGUGUAUUACUUCUUCCCUUUUUUCCUCCCCCGUCUACAAUUUCUGACUUGUUCGUAAUAAAUGUUUCUCCCCCG